AUGGAAAAUUCACAACAACAGAAAUUACAAAAAAAGGCAUAUCAGCUUGCUUUGAAGAAAAAUUUGCAUAGAAAGAACAUAAAUUCUGAGAUGAAUUUCAAUUUGCUAAAAUGCCGGAAUAAAGUAGGUUUAAAAGACUUAAAAGAAAACUAUGAUGACUCAAAUAUUUUUAAACCUUAUUAAAUCAAUUUUUUGAAUAAUUAGAGCAUAAAGCCUUCAUUUUACAUAAAAUUAAGAAUUUUAUCUUAAAAUUAGGUAACCAAAUUUUAAAACAAUAGUAUAUAGCCUAUACCCCUAUAUAGAUUUCUUUAUCGAGAAAAAUGCAAUGGACAGUUGAAUGAUGAAGCCAGACUCUAUCAAAGGGACGAGCUAGAUCUCUAUAACAGGAAGGCAUGGCAAAAACUGAAUGACAAGUGUCAACUGAAUUAGCAAGCAAGCGCGACAAUUUUUAAAAAUGACUUUAUUAUAAAAAAUUAAUUUUAAAUUAAAGAUACCUCCUAGACUAUGCUGAUAAGUAUCUUACAUAUUUUUUCCUUCUUUUUUAAGACACUAAAAUAAAAUUAUAAUCUCUUCCUUAAUACAAAAUAUAACUCUAACUUUAAUAUUACUUUCCUAUGAAAUUUUAAAAAAUCAAACUUUUUAUAGACGAUUUCAAUUUCAAUAGAAACAUAAUUAUUACUCUCAUAGUGUUCUCUAAAGGUUUAAAGAGUCAUAGUGAUCUUAAAAAAGUUUUUGUCGUGUUUUAUAGCUUUUUAAUUGAAUUUGAAAAAGCCAAAUUUUAAAUAGACGAUUUUCGAUAAAAAUUGCAAAAUAAGAAUUAAUCUAUUAGUUCUCUUUACUGUCUUUGCAGGCCAUAGCGACUCUUAAUUUUAAGUGACAUAAAAUUUCCUAUAUCAGGUAACCAUCUUUAAUAUGGAUUUUGUAUUGAAUUUAAAAAAAAAAAAUUAAUAGGCAAUUUUCGAUAAAGAUUGCAACAGAAGCAUUACUCCAUUAGUUCUCUUUACUGCCUUUAUAGGUCGCAGCGAUUCUUAAUUUUCAUUGACAUAAAAUUCCUUAUGAUGCAAUACCAUCUUUAUAUGAUUUUUGUAUUGUACUUCAAAAAUCAAAUUUUAAUAGAUAGUUUUCAAAUAUAAUUGGAACAUAAGCAUCUCUCUAUAGUUAUCUCUAUAGCCUUUAAAGGUCGUGGCGACUCUGGAAAAAUAACUUAUCGAUAUCUAAUUCUUAAAAUUUAAUAAUAUUUAAUUCGAUAGAAAAUAGGAAAAAAUAAGUAAGAUACUUUUCAGCGUAGUCUAAAAGGUGUCUUUAAUUUAAAAUUAAUUUUUUAUAAUAAAUCCAUUUUAAAAAUUGGUGCGUUUGCUUGCCAAUUUUGUUCGCACUUGUCAACAAUUUUUGGCAUGUCACUUUUUAUCCCUUCCUGCUAUAGAGAUCCAGCUCGUCCUUUGAUAAAAUCUGACUUGGUCUUUCAACCGUCCAUUGCAUUAUUUCAAUAAAGAAAUUUAUAUAGGAGCACAGACUAUAAAACAUAUUCAGGAAUUUCAAGCCCAAAAUGCUAUAAUGAAGAAAAUUUAGGAAAUGCGCUUAAAAAGCCUCUAAAAAGACAGUCUACAGCAUACUCAGGGCUAGAGAAAAUAUAUAAAAAAGAAAUUUCACUUCUAGAAAGUGUAGGACUACCACAAGAAGUUGGUUACAAACCAGAAAUAAUUGGAUUCAGCAAAAGGAUGGAAAGGAAAAAAAGCUUGACUAUAUCUGAUUUUUGAGGAGAAAAAAAUACAAAAGAGCUUCUGUCAUAUGAGCAUAUGAAAGAUGCAGCCAAUGUUAUUAAAUUUAAAAGAUACAAAGCCGAAGUUUCAGCAAAAUCCUCAUUAACAACCCCAGCAAAUCCUAAGAAAAUGGACGAUAAUACAGCUCUACGAAUUUUUAUCCAAGCAAAUUCACCAAAAUUUAGCCUUUCCAGAACAGAAAUUCUUAAAUCAGAUACACCGAAAUUUACUGCUAGGAGUUAUAAAGAAAUUAAAAGGGCAGAUGAAUUACAAAUUUUAAAUGAUAUAAUGAAAGAAUGCGACGAUCUAUAUAUGGAGAACAAAAAAACACUAAAUGCAUUGAAAAGAAGAGGGAGCUUUCCAAGGGGAAAACUCUCCCCUAAAAACCAAGAUAAAAUCAGUCAUCAUAAAAUUUGGCAAUAA